AUGAACUUGAUCAAGGUCCUUACGUACGCUGCGGGCGCGCUCGCGGCCUGCGCGGUCUCGUCGGUCGUCGCGGAAGAGCCCAAGGGCCCGGUGAUUGGCAUUGACUUGGGCACGACCUACUCGUGCGUCGGCCACUACGCCAACGGCAAGGUCGAGAUCAUCGCCAACGACCAAGGCAACCGCAUCACGCCGUCGUACGUGGCAUGGGACUCGAACGACGAGCGCCUCAUUGGCGACGGCGCCAAGAACCAGGCGACGAUCAACCCGGAGAACACGCUCUUUGACGUCAAGCGCCUCAUUGGUCGCCAGUACAACGACAAGUCGGUGCAGGCCGACAAGAAGCUGCUUCCGUUCGAGAUCAUCAACAAGGAAGGCCGCCCGUACAUCCAGGUCAAGGUCAAGGGCGAGACCAAGACGUUCUCGGCCGAAGAGGUCUCGGCCAUGAUCCUCACCAAGAUGAAGAACAUUGCUGAAAACUACCUCGGCAAGGAGGUCAACGACGCGGUCGUGACCGUGCCUGCGUACUUCAACGACGCCCAGCGCCAGGCCACGAAGGAUGCCGGUACCAUUGCCGGCCUCACGGUCCAGCGCAUCAUCAAUGAGCCGACGGCUGCCGCCAUUGCCUACGGUAUCGAUAAAAAGAACGCCAAGGGUGAGAAGAACGUGCUCGUCUUCGAUCUCGGCGGUGGUACCUUUGAUGUCACGCUCCUCACGAUCGACGGUGGCGUCUUCGAGGUCCUCUCGACCAACGGUGACACGCAUCUCGGCGGUGAAGACUUCGACCAGCGCGUCAUGCAGUUCUUCAUCAAGAAGUGGCAGAAGCAGAAGAAGAUUGACAUCAGCUCGGACAAGCGCGCGCUCCAGAAGCUUCGCCGCGAAGCCGAGCAAGACGCUCGGCCCGUCGAGAAGGUCAUGAAGGACGCCGGCCUCAAGAAGUCGGAGGUCGACGAGAUUGUGCUUGUCGGCGGCUCGACGCGCAUUCCCAAGAUCCAGCAGCUCAUCAAGGAUUUCUUCAACGGCAAGGAGCCGUCGCGCGGUAUCAACCCCGACGAGGCUGUCGCCUACGGCGCUGCCGUCCAGGGUGGUAUUCUCGCCGGUGUCAACGACGACGGGACCAAGGACAUUUUGCUCCUCGAUGUCGCCCCGCUCUCGCUCGGUAUUGAGACGGUCGGCGGUGUCAUGACCAAGAUCAUCAACCGCAACACGGUCGUGCCCACGAAGAAGUCGCAGACGUUCUCGACGUACCAGGACAACCAGCCCGCCGUCUCGAUCCAGGUCUACGAAGGCGAGCGCACGAUGACGAAGGACAACCACAUGCUCGGCAAGUUUGAGCUCACGGGCAUCCCGCCGGCGCCGCGUGGCGUGCCGCAGAUUGAAGUCACGUUCGAGGUCGAUGCCAACGGUAUCCUCCAGGUCUCGGCCGAGGACAAGGGCACGGGCAAGGCCGAGAAGAUCACGAUCACGGCCGAGAAGGGUCGCCUCUCGCAGGAGGAGAUUGACCGCAUGGUCCAGGAAGCCGAGGAGAACGCCGAGGAAGACAAGAAGAUCAAGGACCGCAUUGACGGCCGCAACUCGCUCGAAGGCUACCUCUACAACCUCAAGAACAACGUCGAGGACAAGCUCGCCGACAAGAUUGACGACGAAGACAAGGACACGGUCCUCAAGGCCGUCCAGGAGGCCAUGGACUGGCUCGACGAGAACCAGGAAGCCGACAAGGAGGACUUUGACGCGCAGCAGAAGGCGGUCGAGAAGGUUGUCAACCCCAUCAUGUCCAAGGUCUACCAGUCGACGGGCGGCGCCGGCGCCGGCGCGGACGACGACGACGAGGAUGACCACGACGAGUUGUAA